AUGGCGAACGAAGUGCAACUUGCUCAAGUUGCGGAAGCCGGUGGAGACACCAUUUUUGGGAAAAUAUUACGUAGAGAAAUACCGUGCAAUUUCAUUUAUGAAGAUGAGGUGUGCGUAGCCUUCGAUGAUGUCAACCCCCAGGCGCCGGUGCACUUCCUGGUGAUACCCCGCAAAAAUAUUCCUCAACUUUCCAAGUCUGAAGACACUGAUGAACCCAUACUAGGACACCUCCUCGUCGUAGCCAGAAGAAUCGCUCAGAAAAGGAAUCUGAAGAAUGGUUUCAGAAUUGUCAUUAAUGAUGGUCCAAUAGGAGCUCAAUCUGUUUACCACUUACAUGUGCAUGUCCUAUCUGGAAGGCAAAUGCAGUGGCCACCAGGCUAA